AUGGAGGAUCCUGUAGAUGAGCCGGGUCCCGGUGCAGCUGGUGCAGGUGGUGUGUUAGAUGGGCCUGGACUUGCUGGGCCUGGGCUUGCUGGGCCUGGGCUUGUUGGGCUGCUUGCUUCCAUAGGUGGGGCGGCAGCAGUUGGUGGUGUAGCCACCAUGGACGGGGGCGUUGCGGUGGUUGGUGGGGUGGCUGAGGUGGUGGGAGGAGUAGCUCCAACGGUACUAGGUGGCGGCGAUGCGGUGGUUGAUGGAGGUGUUGCCGCCAUAUAUGUCGGUGGAGAGGCGAUGGGGGUCGUCGGUGAGGCGGCGGUCGGCGGCGGCUUUGGCUUGGAGGGUUUGAAAUAUUUUGGUGCCGAGGCUGGGCCUUGA